AUGUCUUUGCAAUACCUCACUCGGAAGACAGCGUUGACUGCUACUACAAAGAAUCCUUUAACAACCAACUUCAACCAUCUCCGAAGUUUCCCUCGUGCAUGGCUGAAUCGUAGAACGAAACAUGACCCGAAGCUCAAGUCUGUCAGGCCAGCCGACAGGAUAAAAUGGUGGAAUAUUGUACCGGGCGAUCAAAUCUGCUUGCGUGGGGAUACGGAGGGUACCGUUCACGAGGUGCUGAGCAUAAACCGCCUUAGCAAUCGUGUCUUCCUGAAAAACACGAGUUCACCGUCGAAGGAUUCUGCUGCUCCGCAAACCAAGAAUUAUCACUACUCGAGGUGCCAGCUGUAUGUUGGAGAGUAUAGGCUUCCGCCGAAAGAUGACCCAACUGGAGCGCUUGUGCAGCAACCGGUCUUCGCAUCUCGUAUUGGCACGUCUCAGCCUAAGUGGGAUUAUUCUCGAAAACGCUGGGUGUGGAGGCGGUAUGCCAUCUCUACUGUCCCUAAAUUCCCUCACUUGUCUGGGAAAAUACGGAUUCCAUGGCCUGACAAGGCGAAGAAGAAGCAUCCUGAAGCCAGUUUGUACGACACUCCCCUUGACGAAGUAGCAAAAAUCACCUAUGAACUGCCAUACUUCGAGCCGAAGUUAAAUGUAGCUUCUGCACUUCCUGAAGCAGCCGCCGAGACGGAGUACCUGGAUCUUAUUUACAACCCUCACUUGGGUACUCAAUACGACCCGUCCGCUCCUUUUGAACUCUACCUCAAGCUCGAGCUCGCGAAUCCUCAUUCCCGUGCAAAGAAACUCCAGCGUUGGAAGGCCUGGCAGGCUGGAACUCAUGUCUUGUUGAGGACGAUUGCUCACGACGAAUUGAAGAGUCUUGGCGGCCGUUCGGUCAGACAGGCAAAGGCAGACGCCGCGUUCAAGUGGAGGGAGCUGGUGAAGGAGGAGCAGACAAAGAAGAAAAAGGCUAGAUGGAUGCACACCGCCCAGAUGGUCAAGUGGCAGAACAAGGCGGCGAAGAAGGCGAAGAAGGACGAAAGACAGAGGCGCCGCCUGACGGAGCUAGUUCUGCAGGAUGUGCCCAACCAGAUUGUUCCGCCUGUGUUGAAGGAAAGGCAUCGAGCGACUACCUAA